AUGGCUCCACACGAGCCCAUAAAUCCCACCCCGUCGCGGGACGCUACCUCGGGCGGCCCGGCCAAUAUCGUCUCCAACUUCCAAGACCUCUCUGCCGUCCUCUCCAUCCUCGCAUCCGACACAGUGGAGCAAAAGUACACGAGUUCCAGGGCCAUGUACUGGGAACGCAUGUCCGGCGUUUGGUCGCUCUUCGGCAUCCUCGGUGUCCUCCGUCCAUGCCUCAUGCUCCUCGUAGGGGUCGCCAGGGCGGAGUCAGCGGGGGUGCAUAUCUACGGCACUGGGGCCUAUACAGCCCAGAAAACCGAGGGUGCCAGCAGCACAGUCAUAGUCGGUGAAUCGGUGUCUGACCACCUGGUUCGGCCCGAAAAUUGGUGGCAAGACGAUCAGAGGCGAUUGCUGGGUCUCGUCCAUGAAAGUGUUCCCAAGUCUACGUGGAUACGGCCGCAUGUCAUUGUCGUUGGGUAUAGCAAGUGUCCUUUUGUCGGUUCUCGCGCAGCUCGGGAAGUUGCAGGGAUCAUAUCCUGUCUAGCACUGUCGGUCGUGUGCACAGUGGGGCCCUUAGCUGCCUUGAGACCGCCUGGCCAGACUCCGACAACAUGGACGGUGACCGUAGCAUUAGCUGCACUCGCGGCGACAUUAGCUUCAUUAUUGCCGGUCUUGCUCCAGCGCCAUAACAGUGUCGGUGUAGCACCACUGCACAUCCUUCAUGCAACCAAUCGGUUCUCACACGGCGCAGAACAAGCCGCGAUCCAUGAUUUAGACACAGUGAGCACCACUGGGACUAGUAAUAUUCGUUGGCAAUCAGCGAGCUGUAGACCAUGGCUGCGCAGCGGUGACACAUGGACCAUAAGAGCGACGGCUUUGCUGACGACCGCUGCCAUCGUUGCCUUUUACAUCCUCAACUACCUUGUCCUCGGUUCAUCCACGACACAACAGUCGUACACGUGGCUUGGCAUACAGGUCUUCCUCCUUGCGGCGCGUUACGUCUUGUGGUCGUACCGGGGACGAAUCGUGAGCCGCCACUUGCCCUCCGUUCUCUUCCUGGUAGCGGGAUCACUGGUAGACCCACUCCCACUCGCAGGAAUCAACCAAUAUGAGCCGAGCCCCAUGCCCUCUCCAAGCUCGGUACAGUCACUGUCGUUCCCUUCACCUUCGCCACGCUUGCUCUCGAGGGAUGUCGUGCACUUCGCUACCGCGUCCGCUAGGAGUAAGAUCUUCAACGUCGGAGCCUCCACAACACGGCUGAGACUCUCAGCUCUCGACAAACUCUCUGCCGUUGCCCCGGCAGACCUGAUAGCGGCCCCGUACUGUGAAAUGCGGGAUUGCAUUCAGCGCGUGCGCAGUCCAGGAUCACUUCGAGCAAUCCGCUUGCCCUGGUCCUUUGUCGAAGAGGUGUAUGCAGCGCAGGGCCUUGUGCUAGGCAGCAACCCGUGGGCCCUAGGCGGACUUUACCUCGCGGCAGUCGUGAGCGAAGACCGCUUCUGGGGUCUCACUACGGUACAUCCUCGGGCCCACGCGGAUGGUGCUCACGGGGAAGACAGCUACAAGAGCCAGACCGCUCGCCCCCCUCAAGCGGAGCCAUCGCGGUCUGCGUCAGGGUCCGCCGAAGAAGGUGUUACAAGAUGUGGAUGUGUGAUUGACAGCCUGGAGGACGGAGGGACGACAGGGGACUUUGCAGAGGUAGAUGAGGUUUUCGAGCGUUGGCAUCGGAAAUUCUGGGAUAAGGUGAGUCGAUGUCGCCGGUCGGCAAGAGAAAAUGGGCCGACGCAUUGCGAGGUUCAUGUGUAUCAGAUGGGGUCGGGCGAUGCGAAUAUCGGGAGGAAGCACAUGACCCGGACGGAGGAGACAUUGGCGGAAGGGCUGCAGGUGGUCCACGAUAUAGUGCAGAGAGAGGGACGCAAGGACCAUUCGAGAUGCUCCAGACACUGUACCAUCCAUGGCUUCUGA